GAUCCAAGAUGGCGGACCGAGCGGCGUGGCUUCCCGGAGAAGUUUCACAUUUACGAUCUUAUAUAUUCAAAAAUAGCAUUAAAUACCUCAACUAUUUGCCACGAAAUGGACUUUGAGUGUGGAGCGACGGCGUGUUAGCUGAAGUGAAGAUUGAAGACGUGAUAGAAGAUGGACGACUACUGCUAUGCUAAGAUGGCGACGUCAUGUCAAAGAGAAAGUGAAAGAGAAUCAGCGCCACCAACGGAGAACAAUCUGAAAAGCGGAGAUGAAGACGUCCAGCAGCUGAUCGGUAAUCCAGAAGAAGUUUCCCCUCAGUCAGGGGGGAGCUCCACUUUGAAGCAGGAGACUCCACAACCACCCUGCAUUAAAAAGGAAGAGGAGGAACUCUGCAUCACUCAGGAGGGAGAGUGUCUUCUAGGACGAGAGGAAGCUGAUUACACCAAGUUUCCACUGACUGUUGUCUCUGUGAAGACUGAAGAUGAUGAAGAGAAACCACAAGUAGACAACCUCUUAGUUCCACUAUCAGAUAGUGAGGCUGAAGACGAGCUUGAAAUAACUUUGAGCAGCAACACAGACUGUGAUGGUGAAAUGAGGACUCACACUGACAACAAACACUCUGAAUGCUCUUCAAAGAAGAGAGGUAAAACAUGUUUGAGCUGCUCAGUUUGUGCUGAAAGUUUUACUAAAAAGAGCCAUUUGACUCAACACAUGAGAACACACACAGGUGAACAAUCAUUCAGUUUGUGUUCAGUUUGUGGCAAAAGCUUUUCUCGAAAUAGCUUGUUGAGUCGACACAUGAGAACACACACAGGUGAAAAACCUUUUAAUUGUUCAGUUUGUGGCAAAAGCUUUUCUCGAAAUAGCUAUUUGACUGAACACAUGAGAACACACACAGGUGAAAAACCAUUCAACUGUUCAGUUUGUGGCAACAGCUUUUCUCAAUAUAGCUCUUUAACUCAACACAUGAGAACACACACAGGAGAAAAACCAUUUAUUUGUUCAGUGUGCGGCAAAGGCUUUUCUCAAAAUAGCUCUUUGACUCUACACAUGAGAACACACACAGGUGAAAAAACAUUUAAAUGUUCAGUUUGUGGCAAACGCUGUUCUGUUGAGAGAUAUUUGACUGAACACAUGAGAACACACACCGGUGAAAAACCAUUUAGUUGUUCAGUUUGUUGCAAAAGCUUUUCUUUUAAGGGCAGUUUGAUUGAACACAUGAGAACACACACAGAUGAAAAACCAUAUAAGUGUUCAGUUUGUGGCAAAAGCUUUUCUGUUAAGAGAAUAGUGAAUCGACACAUGAGAACACACAGGACUAAGACCAUUUAAUUGCUCAGUUUGUUGUAAAAGCUUUCCUCAUAACAGCUCUUUGUUCAACACAUGAGAACACACACUGGAGAAAAAAACAUUUAGUUGUUCAGUGUGCUGCAAAAGGUUCCCACAUAAAGCAGAUGCAGUAAAACACAUGAGAACACACAAGGGAAAAUAAGCAAUUAGCUGUUUAGUUUGUGGUAUGUUGCUCAUAUGUGGCGACAUCCACCCUACCCAGGACCUCCUCACUGCUUCUUUCACAAAUAUCUGAGGUAUUCAUACUAACUUGGAUUAUUUGGAGCAUAAUCUUAUCCACUCAUGACCCCAUGUCUUCUCUGUAUCUGAAACCUUCCUGAACAGUAAGAUAGAUGAUGCUUCAAGUGCUUGGUUACUCCUUCUUCAGUCCAGGGACCUGGGGCCUCAUGUGUCAAGUUUGUGCACAAGGUCAAAAACCUGCACUACACCCUUUUUCACGACUGAGUUGAGAUGUAUCAAAACUGACGUUGACGCAUAAGUGAUGCUGGGUAACUGUUUGCAUAACAAACUUGCCAACUUUUACUCCUCAGACUGAUUGAUGUGCAAAUCAGAGACAUAUGAAAGAUGAACCCACAACCUAUCCCCCACCUCCCUCGACAUUCGGGCAUAAAAGGUUCAAUCAAGCCCGCAAGAUGAGUUAUCGAAGUGUAAAAUUCAGCUGCUUUUUUUAAUGUGACUCCUCCUCCUCGACCCAGCAGGAGCAAAACAAGCAAUAAGUAACCCCACCUAAAAUGCAGCAUGAGACGCUGCACAUUGAUAUAGUUCUAUCAAAAUUAAUAUUCAAAAAAAAAAAUACAAAAAAAAACUAUAAUCCCGCCCCCUGAUUUCCGGUGUAUAUGUCCCGCCUUCUGACAUCUGGCUAUGAUUUGACAGAUCAAUCUAUGAAAGAUGUGUCUAUUUCACCGCUAAAUAUUUUGUAUAUUUAAUAUGACAGGUCUUCGAAGAUGUGAAAACAAUAAUCUAUAUUUUUACUAUAUUUUAUAUGACUUUAUUGCAGCUUUUGUCCCUGUGUGUAGACUUGAAGGGGGUCUAGUAUCCUUAGUAAGAGCUUUUUUAUAAAAGGAAAAUUGAUGACCUGUUAUCAAAGCUUUACAAUGAGGGGCCUGGGGGUCCCCACCCUCCUGCCUGUUGUAGUCUAAAACGGAUAUUGACAGCUGUUGAUUGAGGUAGCAAUGAAAGAAGCAGUCAUAUAAGCAUGUGUGCAAUCCCAUGAAUGAAAUCAAAUGUGCUGGGUCGUAGGAAUGGGAACAGUCACAUCCUUCAUGAUUGAAUGUAACCACGCCCCCAUCGUUGGAUGAUGCUGAGACAAUUGAUCACACAGUGACUUCUCAUCAUUCCUUCAGUUUCUACCUAACACUGUCCACUAUUUUCAAGAAAGUGUUGUAAUGUUUUAUUAUGCUACAUUUAUUCUUACUUUAUAUCAUAGUCAAACUAAUGAAGUUAUGAAUAAGUCUAUCUUUGUUUCUGAAAUGUAUCUCCAUUUUAAAUACCGCCAUUAUUAAAUUAUACCACGCAACACUAGUUUGAGCAAUAAUACAAAUAAUAUUAAAGUCAUGUUGUUGAUUGUGUGGUUUAGUUUAGGUUUUAAGCCACAUCCAGCAGUUAAAAAAGAUGAACAAUUAAUUUCAUAUAAAUGGUAAAUAUUAAAAGUAAUUAAUGCCAAAGUCUUUCAAAUCUUCCUAUAAAACUUUUUAAACAUUAAAUGUUUACUUUUUAUCAUUGUAAGAUUUUCAGGAAAAUAUCCAUCCGUCCAUUUACUACCGCUUAUUCCCUCUUGGGGUCGCGGAGGGGCGCUGGCACCUAUCUCAGUGUACACCCUGGACAAGUCGCCACCUCAUCGCAGGGCCAACACAGAUAGACAGACAACAUUCACACACUAGGGACCAUUUAGUGUUGCCAAUCAACCUAUCCCCAGGUGCAUGUCUUUGGAGGUGGGAGGGGCCUAUCCCCAGGUGCAUGUUUUUGGGAGUGGGAGGAAGCCGGAGUACCCGGAGGGAACCCACGCAUUCAUGGGGAGAACAUGCAAACUCCACACAGAAAGAUCCCAGGCCUGGGAUUGAACCCAGAACUGCAGGACCUUCGUAUUGUGAGGCAGGUGCACUAACCCCUCUUCCACCGUGAAGCCCUCAGGAAAAUAUAUUUAGUUUAUUUUUCAUAUUACAAGACUUUUGAUCCAUGCCUUGUGUAAUCAUCGUUAAUGUUUAAUCCACAUAUUUUUUUGUAAUAUUUAACGCCAUGUUUUUAUUUGCCUGUCACUGUCAUGUCUUUGUGAUCAUGUUCUGUUUAGUUUUGUUCUGUUUUGUUUUUGACUCCGUUACUUCCUGUUUUUGCGCACCCUGGUUUGUUUUAGUUUCCAAGACAACCGUUAGUUUCACCUGGCUCAUUUGUUUGGACUUACGCACCUGUCAAUAAUCACAGCACUAUUUAAGCCUGCGGUUGCCAGGCAGUCAGCCUGGCGACACCACCCUCUACACACCCUUCAUACCUGAUUGCUCACUUCUUGCCAUUGAUUCAUGCUUUUCACGUCACAGUAAGUGUUUUCUGUUUUUGUUGUCCAUAGUUCUGCCUUUGUGCGAGUUUUUGUUUUCAGAGCCAAGUUUUGAACCUCUGCUGAGAGUGCCUUUCGUUUGUUUCUUUUUUUUUUUAAGUUAAAAAUAAAAGAUGUCCUUAACGCGAA